AUGUCCGCGCUGGUCCUAGAUGCGGCUGAAGCAGCUCGAGUGCAGAGUCUGUGGAAUACUAAGUUCCACUUCCACACCUCCAGCCCUGUCCCAUCCGAAGAUGUUAUCUCCGCUCUCACCAUCCGCGGCGGCACCGUCCUCCCCACGCUCCUUUCCCCAAUCCACCCAACAGCCAACCUAGUCAUCAUCGCCUCCCCCAUCCACCUCACACCCAUCGUCCACCCCCUGCACCGCAAGAUCAACUUCCACAUCCCAACCACCCAACUCGCGGACUUUAUCAAUACCUCGGAUAUCCAGGCACUCAUGCUGCGCGAACUGCGCGGUCAGGAACUGCCAUUCGUACUGCCUGUACCGGACGAGGCGAUGCUGGUACUCCGCACUGGGCGGAAAGAGGGGGAACGGACAAGGAGGUGGAGAGAGAAGAUGCGGGAGGGGUGUGCGUUCUUGGCGGAUAAAAAGUGGAUGUUGAAGAUGGAAGCUGUGGGGUUCGCUGAAGCGGAAGAUGUCGAGAUGACAGACGUCUCUGCCGAGCCUGCGGUUGAGGCGUUCUCCUUUCCGCCCGGCACCACCCUUGACCCGUCCUGUCUCGCCCCUCUCCCAUCUAGUACCCCACCCAGUACCUCACCCAGUACCCCACCCUCCGACCCACCGGCGGCGCCCUCUGGCACCUUCUGGGACGCCCCCCUAGCCCACCUGAGCGUCUCCGCCCCCACCAUCAACUUCAACCCACUCGACCCCCUCGGCUUAUUCUCCCCGCUCCCCUUCUUCCCAACACUCAGCGCCACACCGACCCACACCCCACCUCUUACACCGGUAGUAACGCCCACCCUCCUCCCUGCCCACAUCAGCCAGAUCCCGCCAUCACCCACCGCCCAUCCGAGCCCGGACGGGAAACACCGACGUCGGCGGUCCCGCUCCGGCGCUCCAGCCCCCGAGGCGACGGCUGCAGACAUGUGGAACUACCGCCAGCCCGCAUUCCCCAGGCUGGGGUGCUUGUAUGGGAACUGGGAGGGGAAUGGCGCGCCCCUUCCUCGUCCUUUGUGGAAUACCGGGCCGGGGUGUUUGAACCUGCAUGCGGCGUCAACUGGGACGGAGAGGAAGAAGAGCCAGGUAUUUGGUUCGAGGUGGGGGAUGGGUAUGGGGGUGGAGGAGGUCGGAGCGAGUGGGGCGGACACGCCAAUGAUCGUUCUUACGCCGCCAUCGCCUGAUUUGGGGAUCGUGGAGCCCCCUCAUAAUCCUUACAAACGCCCGGAAGAGCCGCAUUUGCUAUUUCCGCCGAUGGGCCCAAUGAAGAGAAAAAGGACGCCGGAGGAGAUGGCGGAGAGGUACGCUAGGCAUGCAGAGAGAAGGGCGGGGGCGGAGGAGGCUUCUAGGGCGUGGGUGGAGAAGAUGCGGUUGGCGACAAGGGCGAUGUAG